AUGGCAGAAGGCCUACUUCCGAGUCACCUUUUCUCUGAGACGUCCGAUGAAGACUCAGAUGAGCAACCCAGAGCACAAAGCGAUCCCAGUGUGGAACAGAAAGACCCAGUGGAAGCAGAUAAGCCUAAAGAACCAGGCCAACCUGCCAGACUCAUUGCUUAUGUGAGCCCCAAGAGGAGCGAGCCCAGAGAGUUAGCGGAAGCUGCUGUGGAACAUCACACUGGUAGAGGAAACAACCAAGACCAAAGAGCUUACUCUGGGAGGGGGAGGGGGAGAGGGAGGGGGAGAGGGAGGGGGAGGGGGAGUGGGGGGCAGAGGCAGUGGACAGAGGUAGGCAGCCACCUACGGGCAGCCCUCCAGGACCGGCAGGAAGCAUCUGAGGGACUGGUUCCACAAACAAACUUUAACCACAGUGAAGGACCACACCGGAACCUGGGAACAGGGGCUACCGUGAGCGAGAACCCCACCUUGACUCCAGAAGUCCCAGUGCCAGUGGGGAGGGUCCAGUGGCCACACAUGCUUUGUGGGCACUGGGUUGUCGUGAGGUACCAGGUCCAGGUUACCUACCCCUACGUUACCGUAAUCCACGAGACCGAAAUAAUCCCAUGCUACAUGCCAUUCACUACCCCCGUGUUCUUACAACACACUUGA